AUGAUGCCCGCACGCCCUCGCUCGCUCAGGACCCCGCGCGCGGGGCGCCCUCGGCUCCGCCGCCUUCAAGCCCCGGCCAGGGCGAGCCCCCCGGCGACUGAGGGACUGGGCAGCGAGGAACCCCGGAGCAGGCAACGGCGCGGGGGCGGCGGCGGCCGCUCUCCACUAAGCCGACAUCUUCUAGGGCUCCUCUCGAGAGGCGAAGGGUUUGGGACCCCCGGCCCCUCGGGGCCAUGGGCCGGUGCCCCUCACACAGGCCGCCCCUUCCCCACCUUCGCCGCGACGCCGCCGCCGCCGCUCCUCACACACAAGCACACACACAACCAACCCCGCGCCCUCAGCGCGCGCAGCCGCCGUCUCUCCCACGCACGCGCACCCCGCCCGGCCUCCGGCCUCCGGCCUCCGUGGUGGUGGGUUCCGGGGAUUCGGUCGGUUCGUCCCCGUCCGUCCGUCCGCCCGCUCGCCAGUCCCCUCAGCACCCUACCCUACCCGCCUCCUUCCCCGCCCCCCCCUCCACCCCAAGCCGGGUGCGUGAGCCAGGCCGGAUCGCGGCGCAAGCUCCCAGCCAGCCUGCUAGUCAACCAAUGGAGGGGCCGGCCGCCGCCCCCCUCCUCCCCGCCCCGCCUCGCCCUGCCCCUCCCGUCCCCUCCGCGGACAGAGUCUUCGCCGCCUGCCGUAGGCCGGGAGAAAGGGAAGGGAGGGGGGAAGGGAAAGGAAGGAGGGUGGGCGAGGCUCCCUGGACUUUCCUGUCCGGAGCUCGGCUCUUUCCCUCCUCCCCCGCCCGCUCCGCGUGCCCGCCGUCGGCUCCCGGGCGUGGCGGUUGUGGAAGUGGGCUGGGGCGCGCACGGGACUCCCCGGGGGGAGGGAGGGAGGCGAGGUCCGUGA